UUCUAAAAAUAUCUGAAAAUCCAGCCCUUCUCUUAUCCACCACUUUGUAGUCAGCCGGCCUCUCUCUCUUUCUAGCUUCACCCUGCAUUUUAAUGGCGUCUUCCGCCUUUUCUAUCUUCCAUCCCGCUAUCUUACAUCAUUUCCCUCACCGCAGCACUCAAUUUCGAAGGAUUCGCAGCUGCAAGCAAAACCCACAACCGGUUUCUUUACGAAAACGUCUUCUGAAACAACAAAACCAAGAAAAUAAAGCGAUUCCAAAGGCCAAAAAUGGCGUGCAGACUCAAAGAAAUUCAGAGCAACCUGCUUCUGCUUCUUCUUCUUCAGCAAUCGUUAAGAAAACCUCGUGGUAUUCUUUCCUGGGAAGAACAGCUGCUGCAGUCUUCGACAUUAGGAAUGCAGUGAAAGCCGAUGAGCUCGGCUUACAAAUCGCAUCCAUAGCAUUACCGGCACUCCUCGCUCUUGCUGCAGACCCAAUUGCAUCUUUGGUCGAUACAGCAUUCGUUGGGCAUGUGGGAUCGGUCGAAUUGGCAGCAGUUGGGGUGUCUAUUUCAGUGUUUAAUCUGGUAUCCAAAUUGUUCAACAUUCCACUUCUGAAUAUCACAACAUCAUUUGUCGCUGAAGAGCACGCUCUCAUGGGUUCUGAUCCUGAAGAAGUUUGUGAGGAUGAUGGAGUGGCUUCUGGACCAGUGUCCUUGCUUCAAGAGAAUGUGGGUCCCAGACGUUGCAAAAAAUUCCUACCGGCAGUAUCAGCUUCCUUGGCUUUGGCUGCUGCUGCUGGCAUUGCGGAAGCGAUUGCACUUUCAUGUGGUUCAGAGGUCUUCUUGAAUUUCAUGGGUAUACCUGUUGAUUCACCUAUGCACCUACCAGCUAAUCAUUUUCUUAAGAUAAGAGCUUUGGGUGCCCCCCCAGUAGUCAUUGCAAUGGCAGCGCAAGGUGCUUUUCGUGGAUUCAUGGAUACUAAGAGCCCUCUUUAUGCCAUAGUUGCUGGCAACUUGUUGAACAUGGUAUUGGAUCCAAUUCUGAUGUUCAUCUUCGGCUUGGGGAUUGGUGGUGCUGCCAUUGCUACUGUGUUUUCAGAGUAUCUCAUAGCUCUUUUCCUUCUUUUGGAAUUGAAUUCAAAAGUAAUACUCGUUCCUACAAAGAUAGAAACAGAGCGGUUUGCCCGUUAUCAAAAAUCUGGUACUCUACUGAUUGGAAGAACUGUGGCUAUUCUCUCAACUAUGACACUGGGUACGGCCAUGGCUGCACGGCAAGGUCCUGUUCCUAUGGCUGGUCACCAAAUUUGCUUGGAAGUAUGGUUCACAGUAUCUCUUCUCACUGACUCCCUAGCACUUGCUGGUCAGGCUCUUCUUGCCAGGGUCUUUGCUCAAGGGGAUUAUGAAAAAGCUAGGCAGGUUAUUUACAGGGUUCUACAGAUAGCACUGGCUACUGGCAUUGUUUUGGCUAUUGCCUUAUUUGUUGGAUUUGGGACCUUCUCCAGCUUGUUUACUACAGAUUCCUGUGUCUUGGAGAUUGCCUAUUCUGUGGUCGUGUUUGUUGCUGGUUCUCAGCCGAUCAAUGCCAUUGCUUUUGUCUUUGAUGGGCUCUACUAUGGAGUUUCGGACUUUGCUUAUGCUGCUUAUUCAAUGGUGUGGGUUGGCCUGAUAUCAUCACUCUUUUUACUGGUUGCUGCCCCAGCUUUCGGCCUUACUGGCAUUUGGGGAGGAUUGGUUUUGUUUAUGUUCCUGCGUGGAGUAGCUGGGUUUUGGAGGAUGGGUACUGAAGCUGGACCGUGGCAAAUGAUCUGGUCAGAGAUGGAGAGGGAGAUGGUUGACAAGUGAUCUGGAUAUUCACACCAACGCAUAUUAACUAAUGAAAAGCAUUCCAUAAUUCAAUAUCUAUGGACAAGCAAAUCAUUGUCCACCAUCCAUGGAAAUGAUGGACGGUCAUGCAGGGAAAGUCGGGAUCCAUCAGAAUAGGACAUGGCACCAACAGUGGGUUCCAGUUGUCACUAUCCAUGACUUCCAUCAUCUGCAGUAUGGAUGCUGAGUUUUCAAUAGGCCAUUGUAUUUUGUGUACUUCCCCUUCUUGGCUAUUCAAUUUGAUUUUAAGUACAACCAAAUAAACCAUUACUGGGGAAUCGGGAAUACUAUUGCUCUUCCUUCAGGAACCAACCGAUAAAAGAUGAGAAGCGAAGGAGGAGCCAAGCUCUUGGAUCAAUGGAUUCAAUUAAUUAAAGAAUAUGAUAUGGAAGAGAAUUUUAUUAGCAUUUAUCGAAAACUUGGAUCUUAGCGGAACAUUUUAAUGGACCCUUCUAAGUUCAUGUCAUAGACGUAGAGUCCACCUUCAUAAAUUCAUGGAGAUUCAUGUAACUUGAGUAUUUCAUGGAAACAUGCAUAAUGAGUCUACCUUGUAAAUUUGGAAAGAGAGCAGUGUGUAUGGAGGAAUGCAGCUUUACGCUCAUUGUUUCUCCUGUAAAAUCAUAAUUUCCAUUUUUUUGUAAAACAAGAAGUUCAUGUACCAGAGUUAUAUUUGCAUUACCAAUUUGAAAUUUUAAUUUUUGUUGAGAGCA